GAAAAGAAAGAAAAAAAUUUUUCCCUCUCUCUUUGUUCAUAAUUAACAAAAUGUCUGGAAAAAAGAAGGCUCAGAAAAUGUCGCUGUCCGAUUUCUUAUCGGAAGGAACUUCCAGUUCCUGGGCUGAUGACUUGGCGGAUCUUCCCACUGCUCCUGCUGCGGCCAAGGAGCCUUCGGCCGGUUUCGGUGCUUCCCGCGGAUUCGGUGGAGGAGAUCGCGAUUUUGAUUUGCCCCGUGGUCCUGCUCGUAGCCGUGAAGGUGGUUUCGAAUCUCGUGAGCGCUUCUCUCCUCGCGCUGAACGCACUUUCACUCCUCGUGCUCCCGUCGAGAUGCCCACCGAGCCUCCGUUCACGGCUCGUAUCGGCAACUUGUCCUUUGAAACCCUCGAAGAUGAUUUGGCCGGUUUCUUCUCCAACAUGAAGAUCAAUAGUGUUCGUGUUGUUCGUGACCGUGAAACGGAACGAUCCCGUGGUUUUGGCUAUGUCGAAUUUGAAGACAUUGAUUCUUUGAAGGCUGCUUUGGAUUUAACAGGAGAGUCGCUCCAAGGUCGUGGUGUCCGCAUUGAUAUUGCUGAGCCUCCCAAACGUAGUGAUCGUCCUGAACGUGGUCCUGAUCGUACGGAUGUAUCUUCGUGGCGUCGUGCUGGUCCUGUUGAACUUCCUGAAGCUCCCAAGCGCGAAUUCAGCAGCAGCCGUGGCGGUUUCAGCCGUGGUGGUGGAUUCGCUGGUCGCUCUGACAACUCAUGGGGUCGUCGUGAUGCACCUUCUGAGCGUCCUCGCCUCAACUUGAAGCCUCGUUCGGCUGAUGCAGGUGCUUCCAAGACCGAAGGUCAUGCUUCCAACAAGCCCAAUCCUUUUGGUAACGCCAAGCCUGUGGACAACGAAGAAGUGUUGAAGCGAAUUGAAGAAAAGAGAAUGGGCAGCAAGCCUGAAUCCGAUAGCAAACCUGAAUCGGAUAGCAAGCCUGAAUCGAAGGAAUAAGCGGACAGGUUCCGCCAGCGCUGUAUGUUAAUCAUUUUUGCGUCGCUUUUUUUUUCUUGUUCUCUCACAUCCUCACAUAAAAACGAAAAAGUCUAAAAAAUCACCAGAGAAAGAUAGAUGAGAACGAAAAAAAAAGCUCGUUUUUCAUCUUUGUCGUUUAUUUUUAUGAAUUGAAGUUUCCUUUUAAAAAAACACCCCUAUUUUAUGAUAAAAACUGUGGGUGGAGAGCUACAUUUUGCG